AUGUCAUCCGAUUCUGACGAUAAUAUAUUUGGUAACGUUAAACAAACACUUAUUGGCUUUCAAAAAUUUGAAUUUAAACCAGAUGAUAUCGUGGAUUUAUGUGAUGAUACUAAGUAUGAAAUAUCUACAAAAGCUGCUGGCUUUAUGGAUGACUGUAUUAUUUUAUCAGACAAUGAAGCAAAUCAGAAUAUAACUAAAAAUAAGUCAAAACGAAAAACUCGCACAAAUAAAAGUGUCAUUCAAAAUACUGAUGAUGAAUUGGUAACGAGCAAGAAAACUAAAAAUGAAAGUGGUGAUAAAGGUAAACCUAGUAAACGUACUAGAAAAUCAAAAGAAAAAGAUGACAAUCACAUAUUAGAUGUUGUAUCUAGCACUAAACCAAGAAAAGCUUUAAGAAAAAGUCCAACCGACCAACAGCGUAGAGGAGCCACCAGAACGAGUCCAAGGCUUCGCAAUGCGACUAGAAGAGGCUAUCAAAGUCAUUCGUAUACUACCAUAAGUAUUGGAAAUACAUAUGAGUAUCCAGAUGAACUGGAGACAGUACCAAUAUUUAACACACAACCAUGUGAUAUAAUAAACUUGGAUGAUAGUGACAUUGUAGAUGAAAAUAAGGAAUUAUCAGUUAAAGUUGAAUGGCAGAGUGUAGAAAUAAUUAAAUUUACAUUAAGAAAAUUCCAGAAACUAACAAAAAUAUAUGAUUAUUUCUGUGAUAACCACAAUGUUAAAAAAGAAAAUUUAAUAUUCAUCUACAAAGAUAAAAUACUUCAGCCAGAUGACACACCAGAUACAAUAGGUUACAGCGAAGCAAAAUUAAUAGAAGGUGGCAUAGUUUAUGAGAAUGUGCUUAAACUUUCUAAAAAUGAAUGCACUAAUAACAUUGUAUCAGGCAUCAUAAUUAAGUUUCGAACCCAAAAUUCGAAACAGCCAUUUAUAUUGUCAGUAAAAGAUGAUGAAAAGUUACAUUUAGCUAUGAUUAAAUGUGCAGAGCACCUCGAAUUGUCACUAAACCAGUUAAGAUUUGAGUUUGAUGGUGAUAUUGUCACGGGUAAACAAACUGCAAAGGAUUUAGAGUUAGAAGGAGGAGAAUACAUAGAUGUUAAAGUAAUUAAA